UUUGAAGAAGCCCGCGCUCCAUCGUUUAAUUCUCCGAAAUCACCAAGGAGGGCGUUUACAGUGUCACCUGCUAACAAUGAAUUCAUUUGUCAAUCGUCGUACAAACGUGAAAAUAGCAGUAGGAGCUUUAGUAUGCGAGGAAAGUAUUUUAAAAGGGGAUAUCACCAUUGGACCAAACACUAUAAUUCAUCCAAAGGCAAGUAUCAUCGCAGAAGCUGGUCCCAUUAUAAUAGGUGAAGGGAACAUUAUAGAAGAAAUGGCAACAAUAGCAAAUAGAUUACCAGUGGAUGCUCCUGAACCAACUACAAUUCCGGUGCAAAUAAUAGGCAGUUACAAUGUAUUUGAAACUGAUUGUACUUGCGAAGCAUUUAAAGUUGGAGAUUGUAAUAUUUUAGAAAGCAAAGCAUAUGUUGGUCGUGAGGUUGAAUUGACCAAUGGUUGUAUUAUAGGAGCAUCAUGUUCAUUAACAGAAUCAGAUACAAUACCAGAAGAUACUAUAAUAUAUGGUAAUGAAUGUCAGCGUAGAGAAAUGCACGGUAAACCAUAUCCUCCAAUAAGUCAAAUAGAAUUUUUGUUAAAAAUUUUACCAACUUAUCACCAUAUUCGUAAACCUAAUAUAGUACCAACAAAGAAUGAAGGAGGAUUGUAGCUAACUACAUUGUUAGAUAAGACUUUCCAAUAGAAACUGAAUAUUAUUCAUGUGGAAAGGAUUUUCUGGAGAAGUAUAUGAAGAGGAAACGCAGUCAAGAGCACAGCGGUUGGCGAGCGCCGCUUUAUUUUAAUGAUCGCUCGUCGCAACCCCCUUGAACGCAACUCUUGUCGCGGAAAGUGGUGACCCGAGAGAGCUGUCAUAUUUUGACGUCCGCAGCGGGCGUUCUAGGCUAGAAGGGGGAGACGAGAAGAAAAGAGAUUAUUUUUCGUCGCGCUGGGAGAAGUCGGGAAUCAGUACGACGCCGGCUAACCAAGGGGAAAUCCCUAAUGGCGUAACAACCACAGAUUCCGAGUUUUUCUUAUCCCUGUUAGAACGAAUUCGUCAUCGAUCGGUUUUUAUGAAAGUAUUUGCGUGCAAAUCGAGAAGAAGUUAAACAGUCAAACCGUUAUAAAAUCGUGGAUUGUGACGAUGCCUUCGACUUACAACCUUGCAAGAUUGUACAACAUUAUACUACGACAGUUGCAACGAU